UAAUUUUUAGAGUAUGAUGUGCGAUUUGAUGAAUGAAGCAGACAUUGUAUCUGUGAAUACCUCAAAGGCCAAAAAGUUUACUGUACCGAAUAUAUCAGCUAACUGUUCAAUUCCAGAGGAAGUUACAGACGAUUCUUUCUUGUUGAACGAAAUCAAGAAAUUACCGAGCAACUACAAUUUUGAAAUUCCGAAAACAAUAUGGCGAAUAAAAGAACUGAAAGUCAAAACUGUCGCAUUGCAAAUGCCUGAAGGUCUUACUUUAUUUGCGUGCACCAUAGCUGAUAUAAUCGAAAUCAUGACUGGUUGUAAUGUAAUAGUAAUGGGCGACGUCACAUAUGGCGCUUGCUGUAUUGAUGAUUUUACUGCUAGAGCUCUUGGCGUAGAGUUGAUGGUUCAUUACGGACACAGCUGCCUGGUACCGGUGAACGAAACUCCGGGUAUCAAGUUGCUGUAUAUUUUCGUUGAUAUUCAGGUUGAUCUUGCUCAUUUUUUGGACUCUGUCAUAUACAAUUUUCAACAGGGUUCAAAGAUAGCGCUGGUUAGUACAAUUCAGUUUGUCUCAGCAGUUCAGACAUCAAGCAGAGAACUUAACAGUAAAGGUCUAUGCGUCUUCAACCCCCAGAGCAGACCUCUUUCUCCAGGUGAAAUCUUGGGCUGUACUUCUCCUCGGUUACCGAAGGAUACAGAUGCUAUAAUAUAUCUGGGCGACGGGAGAUUUCACAUUGAGAGUAUCAUGAUUGCUAAUCCUGUAAUCAAAGCUUUCAAGUACGACCCAUAUAGCAAGAAAUUCACCUGCGAAACGUACGACUUCCAACGUAUGUGUUCAAUCAGAACGGAGUCGAUCAACACUGCCAAAUCGGCGAAAUGCUUUGGGCUGAUUUUGGGUACUCUAGGACGUCAGGGAUCAACAGCCGUGGUGACCAGGCUGAAAAAUUUGAUAUUAUCGCAUGGCAGAGAAUGCAUAGUUACUUUCAUGUCAGAAAUCACUGACAUCAAAUUAGCUCAGUUUUCGAACGUCGACUGCUGGGUCCAGGUCGCAUGUCCGAGACUGUCAAUUGAUUGGGGAAGUUUCUUCGAGAAGCCGCUGCUGACACCUGCUGAAUUGCACAUGGCAUUGAAGUCCGAAGACAAAAUUGAAACCCUAGAUGACUAUCCGAUGGAUUUUUAUGCUAGAAACUCGGCAGGACCCUGGACGCCUAACAAUCCUGAAUUAAAAGAACUGAAAACUAAAAUUUCCACUAUUGAAAAAGAGUUUAUUUCAAAAUGUUCUAAUUUAAAUACACAUUGUGAUUGCUCUUGAGAAUAUAGUUAAAUUUAUUGAAAAUUGAAUCUGAAUAUUUGA